CCUCCUGAUUGGCACAGGAGCUGCGUCGGGCGCGCUCGCGUGUGAGAUGUCUGCACACCCUAAUAAAAGAGGGAGAGAAUUGACAGGGUUCCUCACCUCCCAUCCACGUGCAGCAAUGGAGACAGAACUGCUGCUGGCUCCUAUCACUGCUCUGGAGAUUGUGAGAGAUCACCUUGUAGCAGGUGAAGGGCCUAACAUAGCCAUCUACACCCUGGAACCUGAUGCCACCCAGUCAGUCAGAUGCUGUAAGCAGGUCCUUCAGAACUCUAAUGUCCACGGUGUCAAGGAGCAGCGGAACGUGGCUCCAGAAGCUAAAGAAUCCACCACGCUGGCUGUAUUUGGAGGCAAAGGCCUUGUGGUUGUAGAGCUCACCUUCCAGGGUGGUGCAGUGAACCUCACUGAGCUCUUUCCUUUCCGUGAACUACAUGACUGGAUCUGGGACCUGCAGUGGCUGGAAAGCAGCACUGAGACACCCAGCCGUGUGGCUUUGGCCUUGGGCCACAACUCCGUGGCACUCUAUGAUUGCCUCGGCCAGAGGGUCCUCCAAGAAGUGCACUGCCAAGAGAAAUGCAUCCUCUACUCUGCCCACUUGGUUGGAGCCAGCUGGGACACGUUGGCUCUGGUAGCUGGCACAGUCUUUAACCAGUUGGUGCUCUGGUGUGUGGCUGACCCAGCAGAUGACACAGGCAGGAUAAAGCCCCACAGCCGGAUCAGUGGGCACAAUGGCGUCAUCUUCAGCAUCUGCUUCUUGGAGAGCAAAAGCAUCUUGGCCUCUGCAUCAGAUGACAGGAGCAUACGGUUGUGGGGCAUCAGCGACCUCAGAGCAGCCCCUGAUCAUGUCCCGUGCUUGUUGGUAUGCUAUGGGCACCAGUCCAGGGUCUGGUCAGUCAGGCUGUUGAGUGACCACAUCAUCAGCAUUGGAGAGGAUUCGGCUUGCCUCGCGUGGAACUAUCAGGGCGAGAUUGUCCACAGCUUCAGAGGACACAAGGGCCGUGGCCUUCGGGCUGUGGCGGUGCAUGAGGAGCAGGGCUGGGUAUUCACGGGUGGGGCUGAUUCUGGCAUUAGACGCUGGCAGCUGAAGGGACACCGUGCCAAUGGGAACAGCCUCAUGCCGCUGAAUUUCCCAUCACCUCAGCGAAAAGGAUCCCCUAGAGCAGUAAAAUUGCUGGAUGUCAACCAUCUCCUCGUCCUGAUUGACACUGGGGCUCUCUUCACCUAUGACUUGACCUCUAAAGCCUGGACAUUCAUCCUAGAGGAUGCGGCCUAUCAGUCCUACAGCCUCCUGGCAGUGUCUGAGCUUGCCAGCGGCGGCGUUGUGUGUGCCCUGGGCAAUCUGUCGGGACAGGUCAAAGUAUUUCUUCUCCGUGACCCCGCACAAAGCAAGGAGCUCAGAUUGUGUGAGGGGAAGGUGCACAGCUUGAGUUGGUCCGCCUUUCCAGGGCAGGAGCCCAGCACAUGCAGUCUCUUCGCUUCUGGCUCAGCCGGCACUCUGCUGUGGCUGGAGGUCUCUUGCCGCCCACUUGAGGGAGUGACUGUGGUGGUAAAGCAGCGUUUCCUCCUGCCCCUCUCCAAGCAGCGAUGGCACACCUGCACUGCCUUCCUGCCUCAGGGUGAGUUUCUGGUUUGUGGGGACCGCAGGGGCUCCCUGAUGCUGUUUGCAUGCGGGUCAACUUCUAAGCUGGAGAAGGCAGCCCAGGGAGGAGCAUUCGGCUGCUCUGGUUCAGAGGCGAUCUGCGCGUCGCCUGGGCUCGCCGUUCCCAUCGGAGGGGAAGAGCCCCAUGCAGACGGCCCCGUCUCUCUGCUCUUCGGGCUUCAUGGGAAGCUUGGCGUGACUUCUGUGACCUGCCACGGCAACUUCAUCUACAGCACGGGCCGGGAUGGCUGCUACCGCCAGCUCCAGGCGCAAGGCCGGCAGCUCCGGGCGCUGAGGAAGCAGAAACCGUUUAAGGGUCUGGAGUGGCUGGAAGAGCUCCGCUUCGGCCCGGAUGGGAGCAUGUGGGUCCUGGGCUUCCACGCCGCCCACUUUGUGCUCCGGAGCGCCAACAACAACGAGACCCUGCUCUUCAUCCCCUGCGGCGGGGGCCACCGCUCCUGGAGCUACACCUGCCAUCUCUCCACAGAGGCCUUUGCUUACGUCAAAUCUGGGGACGUUGUGGUGUACCAAAGUAGAGAUGCACCCAGCGGACAGUGUGUUCUCAAAGGGUCUUUGCACGGACGGGAGCUGACAUGCAUGUGCCACAUUGGAACUUUGAGGACAGCCGGGCAGGAGCUGGUGAGCAUCCUUGCCACAGGAAGUGAGGACAACGUGGUGAACAUCCUGGCCCUCGGGGCGAAGUCUCGCUCGGUGACCCAGCUAACGGCUAUUGGCGACCAUAUCUCAAGCGUGAGAGCUCUAGCCGUGGCCGAGGACAGUGCUGCUCAGCCAAGGACGGGAAGCUUCUCCGCCAUGCUUUUCUCAGCUGGGGGCCGGGCCCAGAUUGAGUGUCACCGAUUACUGCUGGGCCCUAACCACGGUCCUAGCAGCAGCAACGUCGUCUGUCAGCUGGUGCAUGUGGCGUCCCAUCGCCUAGAUGAGCAGUGGGACCGCAUGAAGAAUAAGCACAAGGUCAUCAAGAUGGACCCAGAGACCAGGUAUAUGUCUAUUGUGGUGCUGGCUGGUCCAGAGGAUGCAGAGCUGCCGAGUCCCUUCCUCUUUCUAGCUGCUGCUUGCAGUGAUGGAUCUGUCCGGCUCUUCCUGCUGCUUGAACAUGCUCAGAAGCUGCGGCUUGUGGCAGAGUCUUUUCACCAUCAGCGCUGUGUCCUGAAGGUGGCGGCGUUUGCACACAAGACCACUAACAGAGGAAGGAGACACUUUUUGGGCAGCGCAGCCACUGACGGGAGCAUUGCAUUUUGGGAUAUCACUCCUACCCUUGACCAUGCUGCGGAGGUGAUAAAGGCAGGAAGCAGGGAGAUGGAGGUUCUUGCUCUGGGAACCCCCGUCCUGACUGUUCAGGCUCACAGCUGUGGUGUCAAUAGCCUCCUUGUCCAGGAAUCAGCGGACGGGCAUUUUCUUGUGGCCAGCGGCAGCGACGACGGCUCCAUUUCUCUCAGUGUUAUAGCUGUGAUUGCAGAAAGUGCUGUUGAUCAGGAAGCUGCUGCUGGGACUGGCAUCCGAGUUCUCAGCAAGUACUCCAGACUUUGUGCUCAUGCAGCUCACGUGACCGGCUUGCAGUUCUUGCACCCAGACCACCUCCUUUCUGUUUCUGUGGACCAGCGUCUGACACUCUGGCGCCUUGGUGAGGACAGACUAUCUUUUGUGUGCAGCAGGUUCUGCCACGUGGCUGAUGUGGCUGCUCUAGCAUGUUGGGAAGCUGAGGAGCGCAGCUAUCGCAGUGCGAUAUGUGGCCAGGGCCUGGAGGUCCUCUGUUGCCAUCUGGGGGUGCAAGGUGCAGAAAUAAAAGACGGUGUAUGAAAGAGCAUGAAGUGCAGUUGCCUUAUUCUGUUAGGAUGCUGAAAAGUAGGAGUGACUGCCAGACAUGCGGAGAGCCAUCGUGUGACAGCUGCAAGGGCUGUAAGACUACUCCAGCCCUAUCUUCACGG